AUGGCAAGCAAAGGAGGCCAAGAGUUUACCGAUUGCAAUGAAUAUGAUUCAGAAACCAUGUUUGCGGAAAGACAUGCGGAGGAGCAUCCUUCCGAAGAGGCCGUGCAACCCGGAUCACUGCCGGCAACGCCGCGUGCCUCCAGCCUGGACGUGCCGUUCGCUUCGCCUGCUACGUUUAAGCUCGUCGAGUUGCUAGGUCAAGGGAGUUAUGGUGAAGUCUGGUUGGCUGUCUCGAGAGCUUCCGACAGCCAGUUCGUUAUAAAACGACUGCACCGUUAUCCUUUUGCGCGUAACCAUGAACUGGAACGUUGGCGUUUAUGGAAUGCACCGUCAUCCAACGCGGCGCCAAUCGACUAUGCUGAACGGGAGCGAGAACUCGUCUCGCAGAUACCACCGCAUCCAAAUCUGGUGCAAUGCAUUGCUUGGUUGCCAUGGAGUUUCCCAGAAGAAGCGAAUGAAGCUGGAUUGGGAUCUGAAGGCGUCGAGCCGGAUUUGGCACUCGUUAUGGAGCGGGGCUAUCCACUUGCUCAUCUCUUCCAAAGAGAUCAGAAUCUUGUAUCAGAUUCGCUAUGGCUGCGGCUCAUUCGGGUGGUGUGUCGGGCACUGUUCAGCGCACUGGCACAUCUGCACGCGCAUGGAUUCGUCCAUCGUGACAUUCGACUGGAUCACGUGUUGUCGCGGGUGGAUCCGGAAGCGCUUGGCUUGUCGCUCCAAGCUGGUCGCCUACCCCAAGCGGAGACUUUUUUCCUCUGCGACUAUUCGUUGCUGCGCAGAUGCAGUGCGAACACUGACGCAGAUGGGGCCUCGUCACCGACCUUGACUUAUGCGCCAAUGCGAUCACCGGAGCUCUAUUUCGGGGAGACGCGGCGGCUCCCGUCGAGUGACAUUUGGGCAGCUGGAUGUGUGCUUCUCGAGCUGCUAUUUCGCCAGGCCGGUGAGCCGGUAUUCGAUUGCGGCACUGGCACGGCGAUGAGUGAAUUACGAUCGCUGAAGACGGUGUUCGACCUGCUGGGGAAUCCGCCAGAGUGCUUCAAGCAGCAGCCGCUUGCACCAGCAUCGCAUACCGAGAGCGUGUCGUCUCCCCACGGCUCUGAUAACAUAGCUGCUCGAAUUCAUCGAUGCUGGAACAACGACGUGGAUCAGGACGUGAUAGAACAGGCCAUCGAUCUGGUUCAGAGGCUUCUGGACUACUGCGAAGCUCGUCGUCCAGCAGCGGUGCAAGUGCUGGAACAUCCUUUCCUGCAAAUCUGA